AUGGCUCGUUGGUCCUUCUGCGUCUGUGUGCUGUUGGCCAUAGUUGCCUACGCAUAUGCAACUGGGCAGAUCGAGGAUGCGUCAACAACCAGCCCAGAGGUGAAGGAUGCGGCCAAAACUGCUCUGGAGAUGUACAAUAAGCGAGCCAAUGACAUGUACAUGUACUUCCUGAGAAACAUCGUUUCAGCGAAGAAACAGGUGGUGGCAGGGCUCAUAUUCUAUUUGGACCUUGAGACGGUACGAUGCGUGAAAGACCAGGAUAUGAAGGCUUGUCCUGAAACUGGAGAUGCACAGCAGACAUUCCUGUGCCACUUUGAGAUCUGGUUUAAGCCUGGACCCGCUCGUGACGCUGAGAUCCUGAAGAGCACCUGUGCGGCUUCUGUGUCAAACAGCGAAUAG